AUGGAUGUCCAACAACCUCGGGAUAUGGCGACAACCACAACGCGGUCAGCAUACGGCGGCAUCCAACAGGCAAACCUGACAACUUCGUUUGCUUUUGUUUCACGCCUUGGUCUCAACAUCCGUCAUCUAGGUCUAGCCUCGAUCCAAUAUUGCGAGCCAACAAGCAGUUUGAUGUCUAAGCCGUACGACGCGUCUCUCCAGCAAUGCAAGACCCAGACAAGACAUCCAUACCACUCGCGGCAGGCCGGGGCUCUGUUGCCUCCUGUCUACUGCUCAUACGCAGUAUCCGGCUUCAAGGCCGUCGUCAACCUUGUCCCACCAGAUUUGCUGCGAUUGCUUGGCGAUUGCUUGACUCUGAAUGCGUCGCUGCCCCGCGCCCUCACAAUCGCGCCCGAAACCGCGCCCGAAACCGCGCCUGAGCUCAGGACUCCUGCCCGCUCUUCAGCGGAAUUGUACUGA